AUGGCUAGCAUGCGAGCAGUCGCAACCCUGGCCAGGCCCGCCGCUGCCACUCUCCGCCCACAGACCCUCGCUGCCCUCAUCCCAUCAUCAGCAUCAGCAUCAGCAUCAGCAUCGACAACAACCAGCAGUAGCGCCAUCAACACGCCCACGACUCCGUCCGCCCGACUGCGCCACUCAAUCCCUGGCCGCCGCCAAAUCUCGACGACAGCACCGCGGUCCUCGGCGCGCGCGCCCAAGCCCAAACACCCGGCCGGCUUCGUAGCGCCCGACCAGGCGGCGCUGGACGAGCUCCGUGCCUCGGUGCAGGAGUUCGUCCGGGCCGAGAUCCCCGAGGAGGUGGCGGCCCGCACCGACAAGGAGAACGAGUUCCCCGCCGACAUGUGGCGCAAGCUGGGCGACAUGGGCCUGCUGGGCGUGUCGGCCGAGGAGGGCGUCGGCGGCCUGGCCAUGGGCUACCAGGCGCACUGCAUCGUCAUGGAGGAGCUGUCUCGCGCGAGUGCCAGCAUCGCCCUGAGCUACGCCGCGCACUCGCAGCUGUGCAUCAACCAGCUGCAGCUCAAUGGCAACCCCGACCAGAAGCAGCGCUUUAUGCCGGACCUGAUUGCAGGCCGCAAGGUCGGCGCCCUGGCCAUGAGCGAGAGCGGCUCCGGGUCAGACGUCGUCAGCAUGCGCACCCGUGCGACCCGCAAGGCUGACGGCUCUGGCUGGCUGCUCAACGGCAGCAAGAUGUGGAUCACUAACGGGCCGGAUGCCGACGUGGUCGUCGUCUACGCCAAGACCGACACCGAGUGCCAGCCGUCCAAGGGCAUCACGGCCUUCAUCGUCGAGCGUCAGCCGGGGCUGCAGUGCCUGCGCAAGCUGGACAAGAUGGGCAUGCGUGGCAGCAACACGGGUGAGCUGGUGCUUGAAGACGUCUUUGUGCCGGACGAGAACGUGCUCGGCGAGGUCAACGCCGGUGUCCGCGUCCUCAUGGAGGGUCUCGAUCUCGAGCGUCUCGUCCUCAGCGCCGGCCCGCUCGGCAUCAUGCAGGCUGCCCUCGACGUCGCCCUUCCCUACGCCCACGCGCGACGCCAAUUUGGCCGCCCAAUCGCCGAGUUCCAGCUGGUCCAGGGCCGCCUUGCCGACAUGUACACCAAGCUGCAGGUCUCGAGGGCCUACACAUACGCUACCGCAAGGCGCGUCGACGAGUCGGGCGAGAUUAGGACCGCCGACUGUGCGGGAGCCAUUCUGUACGCCGCCGAGCGUGCCACCGAGGUCGCUCUGGAUUGCAUCCAGAUCUUGGGUGGGAUGGGGUACACAGAGGAAAUGCCUGCUAGUCGACUGUUGAGAGAUGCGAAGCUGUACGAGAUCGGUGCAGGCACCAGCGAAGUGAGGAGGAUGGUUAUCGGUCGUUACUUCAACAAGGAGUAUACGGUCGCCCAAUGA